GAAGAAGAAGAAGAAAAAAGAAGAUUGGCAACAGAUGUUAGCUCAGGUGCCAAUCUUUAAAAAAAAAAAAGUGUUUGCUACUGACACAAGGAUAGAUAUACAGAUCUGUGGAAUAGAUUGAGAUUUCAGAAAUAAAGCCAUACAUCUGUGGUCCACUGAUACUUAAAAAAAGUGGCAAGUAUGGGGCAAGAAUAUUCUUUUCAUAAAUUAGUGGUGGCCAAGUGGAUAGCCAUAUGCAGAAGAAAGAAGUUUUAUCCUUAUAUGACACCACAUAUAGUAAUUUACCAGGAAAGAUAAAGACCUAAACAUAAGAGUAAACUAUAACAAACUUAGAUAAAACAUAGGAAAAAAUUCAUCACUUUGGAUUUGGCAAAGAAUUAUUAGAUAAGACAAAAGCAAAAACAGAAAAAAAAUAGGUAAUUUGGACUUCAUCAAAUUAAUGACUUCUCUACUUCAAAGGACUCUAUCAAGAGAGUGAAAACACCCUUUGGAACCCUUGUGCACUAUCACUGGGAAUAUAAAAUUAUGUUGAUGGUAUGAAAUACAACGUGGCGGUUCUUCCAAAAAUUGCAAAUGGAAUUACCAUCUGAACUAGCAAUUCUACUUCUGAGAAUUGAAGUAGAAUUGAAAGCAGGGACUUAAACAGCUAUGUUUCCACUCGUGUUUAUAUUAACGUUAUUCACUAUAGCCAAAAGGUGGAAGUAACCCAAGUGCCCAUCAAGAGAUGAAUGGAUCUUAAAAAUUUGGCACAUACAUACAAUGUGUGUUAUUCAGCUUGAAAAAGAAAGCAAAUUUUGACCUGUGCUAUAACUGACCUAUACACUUAAAAAAUUGUGAAAAUGUAAAUUUUAUGGUAUGUGUAUGUUACCACAAUUAAAAGUAAAAUUUUUAAGGCAAGAGAGUGAAAACACAACCCACAGAAUGGAAGAAAAUUUUGCAAAUCACAUAUCGGCUAUGGAAGUGAUAUCAAACUGAAGACCUCUUAAACUUAAUGAUAAAAUGUUAACCAUUUAAAUAUGGCAAAGUAUCUCAAUACACUAUUUUCUGAAGAAGAUAGACAAAAGGUCUAUCUUCUUGUCUACCUUCUUUGGCAUAUGAAAGAUGCCGAAGAGCAUAUGAGAAGACACUGAACCUUGUUAGUCAUCAAGGAAAUGCAAAUCAAAACCCCAGUGAGGUACCACUUCACAACCACUGGUAUGGCUAGAAUCAAAAAGUGAGGUAAGUUUUGUUUUGGUUGUGUGAAUAUAAAAUGGUGUAAUCACUGUGGAAGUUGUUGGGGAGUUCUUCAAAUAUAAAACCUAAAAGUACCAUGAGACCCAUCAAUUCCACUUGUAGCUACUUAGUAACUGUGUGUGUGUGUGUGUUUGUAUGUGUGUGCAUGGUGAGAAGGCUUAAUCCACAGUUUUAGCAAAUUUCAAGUAUACAAGUUGUACAUGUAUCAAAUCAUCAUAUUGUAAUCUUUAAAUAUAGACAGUUUUAUUAGUCACUUAUACCUCAAUAAAGCUGGGGGGGGGUGGUGGGAAAAGAGUUUCCAGGUGCAUCCCACAUUUACAUAAGGAUUUAUUGUUUUUCUUAUAUCAGUGAAAUAGGAAUCAGUUGCCUUAGAUCUGGAUAUUAUAGCAGUUAACGUUUGAGAGGUCUCUAGGGACACAGGCAAAAAGUGAUCUAAAAUAAAUUUCCUUCCAGUGUGAAAUGUGCACCUGGGACUUUAGUGAACACACAUCACAUGCUGUAGUUAGAUUGUUACUGCACAAAGAUUGGGUUCUCGUACGUGAUGGGCAUUAAAAAGCUAAAUAUUAUGGCUUCCACUUUUGGGAAAAGAAACUAGGUUUUUUGCUAGAUUGAUCUGCAAGGAGAUGGGAGGCAUAUAUGCUCUCAGAUCUGUUUCCCUGAUUCAGGAUUUGGGGCAAAAUUUAAGAGGUUAGGGAGAGCAGACUGGCUCAUGAAAACACUAGAGGGGCAGGUUUUGAUUGGAGGGCUUUAAGCCUUUAUAGUAAGGUUUUAAACAUUGUGGUGAGGUUUGAAACAUUUACCGUAGGGUGGGGAAAGGGUUUUAACACUGAAUCUUCCUGGGUGAUGGACCUUUCACCUCUGAAGAUAGUCCCACUUUCAAAUCCCGGGCAUGUCGCUGUCCUUCGGUUCCACGGGGAGGAGAAUCUUUGGUUCCUAUGUCAUUUCAGGUCAAGAUUUCCUCUUCUCUGCAUGCUGUGGCUACGUGACUUUCAAAAUUUUCUGAAAAACAACACUUAAUCACACUGUUGAUAAGAGAUAGGGUCAAUUUGAACUGGUCCUACUGGGCCCAUGGUUACAAGACAGAAAAGUCCUUGCUGCCAGGCUGGGGCUGUGGGAUUCAAACUUCCCACCAGAGCCCAGUGCUCUGGGAUUCUAUAUCAAGUACCAAGGGAGUGGGUUUGGAGAGGGAUGGGUGGAAGGCUCGUUACUGGCAAGAAUCGAAGAUUAAAAUGGAGCCUGACUCUUUAUUACAGGUGGUGAGGUUACAUUUCAGUGUCUGCAUUUCUAAACAAGGGUUGUAGUUUCAUCAGUGGCCUCGUAGGCUUACACCAAACCCUUGACCUCUAGAGGACAUAAGACCCUCUUGUUUCAGUGUGGCCUGACCUGGGCCAUGCUCAUGCUUUGCGCUUACUUGCUCCAUUUGAAACUCAAUCAGGAAUUCUCUGUGCACACCUGUGCCCACGGGUUCAUAAAGAGCCGAGUGAAAAGAGUAGAGGCAGCCCCAGGCCAGGAAAAAGUUCUGUUUAAAUGCAAAUGUGCCAGGUGAGUCAGGUUCCAGCCAACCAGUGUAUCUGGUUCAUCUGAGCCAAGCAGCCCGUCACUCAGGCAUGAGUGAGGAGGGCGUUCCACCCUGUCCAAUCAGGGGAGCCUCUGGGGAGAUGGGUGAGAUGAUGUGCCGCGCUGACUUGGAGGUCCCUCCUCACUCCUGCUGUGCUCAGGAUGGUUUAUCACCUGCCCUUAACAUUACCUGGUGGCUCUGCCAUAGUCUCUGUCACUCUGAUCUGCACUGGCCAUGGGGGUCAGAGGAAGGACUCAGGGGGACCCAGGAGACCUGGAGAUGGACUCAGUGGCCAUUGGGGACGUGGCUGUGAACUUCACCCCUGAGGAGUGGGCUUUACUGGAUCCUUCACAGAAGAGACUCUACAGAGAUGUGAUGGAGGAAACCUUUAGGAACCUGGCCUCAGUAGGAAAAACAUGGGAAGAUCAUGGUAUUGAAGAUCAGUAUAAAAACCAGGGGAGAAGACAAAGAAGUCAUAUGGUGGUGAGAGUCUGUGAAAGUGAAGAGGGUAGUCAAAGUAGAGAAAACUUCAGCCUUAUUCCAAAUCUCAAUCUGAAUGAGAAAACUGCAGCAAAACCAUGUAAAUAUAGUGCAUGCAGAAAAGUCUUCAUGCAUCAUUCAUCCCUUAAUAGGCUCAUUCAAUGUCAUACUGAACACAAAGCAUAUGACUAUCACAAAUAUGGAGAGAAACCAUAUAAAUGUAAGGAAUAUGAGAAAGCCUUCACUUUUCCCACUUCUCUCCAAAUACGUAUAAGAACUCAGACUAGAGAGAAACCGUAUGAAUGUAAAAAAUGCAAUAAAGCAUUCACUGCUUCCAGUUCUCUUCGAAUACAUGAAAGAACUCACACAGGAGAGAAACCCUAUGAAUGUAAGGAAUGUGGGAAAGCCUUUACAGCUCCCUCAAGCCUGCGAUCACACAUGAUCUCUCACACUGGAGAUGGACCUUAUAAAUGUAAGGAAUGUCAGAAAGUAUUCAUUUCUCCCAGUGCUUUUCAAAUACAUGAAAGGAGACACACUGGAGAGAAACCCUAUGAAUGUAAAAAUUGUGGCAAAUCAUUCAGUCAUCCCAGUACUCUUCAGAUACAUGAAAGACGUCACACUGGAAAGAGACCCUAUCAAUGUGAGGAAUGUGGGAAAGCCUUUAUUGCUCUCACAAACCUUCGAGUACACAUGAUCACUCACACUGGAGACGGACCUUAUAAAUGUAAGGAGUGUGGGAAAGUUUUCAUUCAUCCCAGUUCAUUUCGAAUACAUGAAAGGAGUCACACUGGAGAGAAACCCUAUGAAUGUAAAGAAUGUGGGAAAGCCUUCAGUUUGUCCACUAACUUAAAAAAACACAAAAGAACUCACACAGGAGGGACACCCUUUGUAUGUAAGGAAUGUGGUAAUGCUUUUAAUUCUCUUCAAGUUUUCCAAAUACAUGAAAGAAAUCACACUAGAGAGAAACCCUAUGAAUGUAAAAAAUGCAACAAAGCACUCAGUUCUUCCAGUUCUCUUCGAAGACAUGAAAGAAAUCAUACUGGAGAAAAACCUUAUGAGUGUAAAAAGUGCAAUAGAACAUUCUGUUUUCCCAGUUCUCUUCGGGUACAUGAAAGAAUUCAUACUGGAGAGAAACCAUAUGAAUGUAAGGAAUGUGGGAAAGCCUUUAUAACUCCCUCAAGUCUUCGAUCACACAUGAUCCUUCACACUGGGGUUGGACCUUAUAAAUGUAACAAAUGUGAGAAAGUAUUCAUUUCUGUGAGUUCACUUCAAAAACAUGAAAGGAGACACACUGGAGAGAAACCAUAUGGAUGUAAAGAAUGCAGUAAAGCAUUCAGUUAUACCAGUUCUCUUCGAAAACAUGAAAGAACUCAUACUGGAGAGAAACCCUAUGAAUGUCAAAAAUGCAGUAAAUCCUUCACUUCUUCCAGUUCUCUUCGAGUACAUGAAAGAAUUCACACGGGUGAGAAGCCCUAUGAAUGUAAGGAAUGUGGGAAAGCCUUUAUAGAUUCCUCAAGCCUUCGAUCACACAUGAUGUAUCACAUGGAAUCUAGACCUUAUAAAUGUAAGGAAUGUGAGAAAGCAUUUAUUUAUCCCAGAUUACUUCAAAGACAUGAAAGAACUCACACUGGAGAGAAACCCUAUGAAUGUAAAGAAUGUGGGAAGGCCUUCAUUUCCCAUCAAAGUUUCCAAAUACAUAAAAGAAAUCAUAUAGGGGAGAAACCUUAUAAAUGUAAAAAAUGUAGUAAAGCAUUUAGUUUUCCCAGUUCUCUUCGAAAACAUGAAAGAACUCAUAUUGGAGAGAAAUCCUGUGAAUGUCAAGAAAGUUGGAAAGCCCUUGUUUCUCAUGCAGACUUUUGAGGAUAUGUGAGAAUGCACACUAGAAGAAAAGCUAUAUAUACGUUAUGAAUGUGGGAAGGCCUUUUGUCAUUCCAGUUCUUUUUUAAUGUAUAAAAGGAGUUACUUAAUAAAAAUGUCUUGAAUGUAAACAGCGUGGGAGAGACUUCAAAUGGCCUACAUCCUUAUAUGUGAAACUCUCACCAAAAAUAAUAUGAGAAAGCUUGAUUGAAAUUGUGUAUGAAACUUGUGUAUGAUGUUCUAGAAAACUUUCAGUAUAAAAGAGUUGUUAUAAAAGUUGUAAAUAUAUUGUGUUUAGCAAGCCUCUUUCCUAAAGUCCAACAUUGGAUUGUGGAUUUCUAUUAAUUUGUUUCAGAAAUGAAUAUUGAGGUGAGAUAAUUCUGCAAUUCAUCCUUCAUCAAUAAUACAUAACAUUAAUGGCUAGUGCUUUUUCCGUAAGUCAGUGAAUAAUAUUUUUUCUUUGUUUUUAAAAGGUUUUAAUUGUUCUGUGUUAAGGGGCCACUGAAAAAUGAGUUUGUAUUUGUUGGGAGUUUCUUACUGGCCUUGUAUUGCAGUUCCUGGUUAUGCCUCAUCCAUUGUAUGUAUUGCUCUUUUCUUAGAGAAAGAUACUUUUUUGGGGUGGUUGGUAUAGAAGAGCCUGUUUCUAUUUUCCGUACUAUUAAACAGCUGGAACAAA